GUACACAGAGCGGUCGAUGACGUGUACGACGCGCUGUUAGCUAUCGCGGCUAACUUGUGUUUUACCGUGACAAAUGCGUUAAAGUAGGUUUCAAUUUUUUUUGCACGCGUAGUAGCUAGUCGCCACAAAAACAAUGGAGACCCUUUACCAUCAGACAAAUAAGCAAAUCCAGGAGGUCCAGUCUCUUAUGGGGAAUCUGGAGAGGACAGACCGUCAGUCCGUUCACUUGUUGGAGAACCAACUGCAGGACAGAAUCGACAUGAUCUUCAACCAUUUAGAACGCCUUGAGAUCCUGGCCAGCAAGGAGCCGCCAAAUCGCCGGCAGAAUGCCAAAUUGCGAGUGGAUCAGCUCAAGUACGAGGUUCAGCACCUGAGGACGGCUCUCAUGAGCUUCCAGCACAGGCGCUAUAAUAGAGAGGCUGAGGAGCGAGAGAGGGAGGAGCUCUUGAGUCGCACUUUCACGACAAACGACGCUGACACGUCCAUCCACAUAGACGAGACUCUGCAGUACAACACCAGCUUACACAACGCGCACAACGGGAUGAACCAGCUCCUGGAGAACGGCAGCAACAUCCUCACCGGCCUCCGCGACCAGCGCUCCACGCUCAAGGGAACCCAUAAGAAGAUGCUGGACGUCGCCAACAUGCUGGGACUGUCUAACACCGUCAUGAGGCUCAUAGAAAGACGAGCCACACAGGACAAGUUCAUCAUGAUCGGCGGCAUGUUGUUCACCUGCGUUUUCAUCUUCCUGGUCAUCAGAUAUUUGGGCUGACCGACUGUCCGAAACGACUUUUCGGAUUGGAAUCGGCGGAGACUGACUGCUUCAGCGUGUCCCACAUAAUAUGAAAGAGUCCGAUUCUUGUGACUAUUUAAGGCUACAUCGUGCUGGUUAUCGCUGCACUUAUAAAAUAAACAGUAUUUGACCAAUGUUUUUUAACGCCCUCAUUUGGUUGAGGGGCUUCUUCGAUUCACUUUAGUGGUGUAAACUCACAUCCGUGCUUGACUGUGUUGCCACUGCCGAAUUUUAAGUAUUUCUUUGCUGUGACGAUGUAGGCAAGACAUAGUAGUAGGCAACAUCUCACAGGAAGUGAUCUGAAAUAAUGAAACGUGUUGCCUUUGUCAGUUUUUCUUAAACUGUUGAACGUUAAUGUCAAAUAAAUCUGUUCCACCUGA